AUGGUGGCCGGGCCUCCUGCAGCUGUUGACUUGUGCUCCACGGAAUUGAUAUAUCGGCAGGGAUUCCUCCGGGGGUACGGAGGCUGUCACUCACGUGAGUGGCGAGGGCCUUUGGACUCCUCCCUUUCUCCCCUUGAGGGGGAAAAGGGGAGGCGACGGACGGCCUUCUCUAUCAACGACAACGUGGACCUGCUGGCGGAGAUACUGGGGCGGCUCGACGGGCGGUCGCUGGCGGUGGCAGGGUGCGUGUGCCGCCUCUGGAGCGCCGUCGGCCGCCGGGACAGCGUGUGGGAGGACGUUUGCCACCGUCACGCGGCCGGCGGAAGCGGGGCCACCCGGUCCGUGGUGGCCGCGCUCGGCGGGUACCGCCGGCUCUACCGGCUCUGCAUCGGGCCGGCACUGGACCGGCUCGCCGGCUCCGACGGGGCCCACCUCUCCCUCUCGCUGUCGCUCUCCCUCUCGCUCUUCUCCAUCGACUGCUACGAGCGGCUGGGCGGGAGGCAGCAGCAGCAGCAGCAGUCGGCGUCGCUGCUCUUCCUCUUCAAGCCCGUCGAUGUGUCCUGAACACACGCACGUCGGCGUUUCCCUCGUGGAGCACCCAAAGGUGUGUUUCAUUCAUGUAACGCUGCAGCCGCCCGCCGGUAUUGUUUCUACCACUGAUCUCUAUCGAUAUGUUUAUUUAUUGGAACAAGGACGUAAUAUUUUUGUUAAUUUAUAUUUAGAUUCUUGUCAUGAAGACUUCAUUACCCAAUAUGGAACUUAA